AAGGAGCGUCCCCGGCUGAGACGGAGCGGAAGAUGGCGGCGGAGACGCUGCUGUCCGGUGUGCUGGGGCUGCUGUCGCUCGGGCUCCUGCUCCCCGCGCGGCUCACGGGGGCCGUCGGGAGCCUGAACCUGGAGGAGCUGAGCGAGAUGCGUUAUGGCAUCCAGAUCCUGCCGUUGCCUGUCAUGGGAGGGCAGAGCCAAGCUUCGGACGUGGUGGUUGUGUCCUCGAAGUAUAAACAGCGUUAUGAGUGCCGCCUGCCAGCCGGGGCCAUUCACUUCCAACGGGAGAGGGAGGAGGAGGCACCCGCGUACCAGGGGCCUGGGAUUCCGGAAUUGUUGAGCCCCAUGAGAGAUGCUCCCUGCCUGUUGAAGACCAAGGACUGGUGGACGUAUGAAUUCUGUUAUGGACGCCAUAUCCAGCAGUACCAUAUGGAAGACUCAGAGAUCAAAGGUGAUGUCCUCUAUCUGGGCUACUAUCAGUCGGCCUUCAACUGGAAUGAUGAAACAGCCAAGGCCUCCAAGCAGCAUCGACUGAAACGCUACCACAGCCAGACCUACGGCAACGGGUCCAAGUGUGAUCUCAACGGGAGGCCCCGAGAAGCCGAAGUUCGGUUCCUUUGUGACGAGGGUGCAGGUAUCUCUGGGGACUACAUUGAUCGAGUAGAUGAGCCCUUGUCCUGCUCCUACGUCCUGACCAUUCGGACUUCUCGGCUCUGCCCUCACCCUCUCCUUCGGCCCCCCGCGAGCGCUGCCCCACAGGCCAUUCUUUGUCACCCAGCCCUGCAGCCUGAGGAAUAUAUGGCCUACCUCCAGAGGCAAGCCGAGUCAAAGCAGCAUGAGGAGAAGAUCACAGAGGAGACACAAGACCCAGGCCACCAAGUGUGGGGGGAGAGCAAGUCUACUGGAGCAAGUCUACCCGCAGAGGAAGAAGAUGUCAGCCCAGCCAAGGGACACAAGGAUUCGGAGUUUUGGAACACGCUGCCUGAGCCAGAGAAGCAGGCUGCAGGAGGGGAGGAGGCACAGGCAGGGGAGCAGGACCCGAACCCUGAAGCUGCAGCAGAUCCAGCUCCCGACCCUCCAGAUGAGCUUCAGAACAAUGUGCAGGUCAAAGUCAUCCGGAGCCCUGCAGACUUGAUUCGAUUGAUAGAGGAACUGAAAGAGCUGAAAGAGGGGAAGCCAAGCACAGGGCAGGAGCAGCCUGGAGAUGAUACCAUGGAGGCCCCUCGGAGGGAAAGGGAGCUGAAGGAAAAGGGUGAUGAGCCCCAGGCUGUUGUGGAGGAAGAGGACGAGGAGGAGGAGGAUGAGGAUGAGCAGCAGUUAUUGGGAGAGUUUGAGAAGGAGCUGGAAGGGAUGCUGCUUCCCUCGGACCGAGAGCGGCUCCGCUCGGAGGUUAAGGCAGGCAUGGAGCGGGAGCUGGAGAACAUCAUCCAGGAGACAGAGAAGGAACUGGACCCAGAUGGCCUGAGGAAGGAGUCGGAACGGGAGCAGGCAAUACUGGCCCUGACAGCCACUCUUGACAAACUCAUCAAGAAGCUGCAGGAAAACCAGAGCCCAGACCCACUACACAAGACACACAAGACGGGGAGCACUGUCCCUCAGAAGCCCCCAUCGCCGCCUCCCACAGCCACAGAGGAGGAGCCUGAACACAGAGUCCGGGUCCGAGUCACCAAGCUCCGUCACGGAGGCCCCAAUCAGGCUCUGACUGUCCUGGAGAUGAACCGGGAAAACCCGCAGCUGAAGCAGAUCGAGGGGCUGGCGAAAGAGCUGCUGGAGAGGGAGGGGCUCGCGGCCCAAGGGAAGAUUGAGAUCAAAAUUGUGCGGCCUGGGGCUGAAGGUAACGAGGAGGACACGCGCUGGCUGACUGACGAAGACACGAAGAACCUGAAGGAGAUCUUCUUCAAUAUCUUGGUGCAGGGAGCGGAAGAGGCCAAUAAAGAGCGCCAGAGACAGAAAGACCUGGAGAGCAAUUACCGCCGAGUGUGGGGCUCUCCAGGCGGUGAGGACGCUGGGGACAGGGAUGAGUUUGAUUUCUGAAACCAGCGCUGUCGGGCCUUCCAAGGAUUCCAGAAUCUUCCUGACUGGCUCCGCCUCCUCCUCCUCUCCUAUCUUGCCCGCCCUCCCUGGCAAAUGGGCAGGUUGGAGCCAAGCUCUGGACUUCAAGGGACCAGCUCAGAGGUUUGGGGGUGGGGCAACGAGGGAGAGCUGUUUCGGUUCCAGAGCCACCCUUAGACCUCAGCCAGGCCUGUGAACUCCACCCCCAACACCCUCCAACAUGCCUUUCUUCCUCUCUUUGGCUUUUCCUGCCCCCUGACUUCUUAGCAUUACCCCAGAGGCGUCAUAAGAUCUUGUGAGUGGGGCAUGGGGGGGAAAAGCAGGCGAACUGGACAGUUUAUCAGACUCCAAGAAAGCAGGUCCCAGCAACCCACCCCUUCCCAGCCCUCCCCACCCCAGCCCGAUGCGCUGUUGCUGUUGCUGUUGGGAGCUGCUUGCCCUCCCUUGGAUUCCCUCCUCCCUGUUCCCACUGUCCCGUUAUCUGUGCUUCUGAGUCAGAACCCUUACCUCUAUCACUGAGGGAAUAGGAGACCUUACAUGUCACCUCACACACAAUCCCAGCGAAAGGGUUGCUAUGAAGCCACCCAUGUACUUCAGGUUUCUGAAUAAAGAACUGGACCACCAA